GGGAUCUUCGGGACGUCGCGGACACGCUGGCGCGCAACGAGGAAGACGAGACGAGGCGAAGAGAGGCGCAGUACUGGUCCGCGUACAACGAGGCCAUUGCCUGGAAAGUUAGGGCGGGGGCGCCUCUUGCAGCGCUGGCGAUCGAUCGUCGCUGUCUGUUCGAGUAUGCGCGGAGUCUGCGCGAGGGUGCCGCCAGCUCUCUCGCGCGCAUGGCGUGCGCGCGGAAGUUUCCGCGCGUGGAAGGGCGCAAGGGGAAGUCGAUUGAGUGGUGCGCGGUGACGCCGAACACGGACAGAUUGUUCGGUCUGUCAGGCGCGUUUGUGAGGGGGCACAUGUCGGUGGACGCGUGCGCGGAGCGGUUCGGCAACGUGAGUGCCGACGGGGAGUGUAGCAGCGGCGUGCGUCUCCAAGAUCGAAUGGAGGAGUUUCACGAUUGGCAAGUGACGGCCCCAUCAGAAGAGGGGCCCGUCAGGGUGCUCUGUUGCCCCGAGGACAUGCGGUGCGGCAGUGGCGCGUGGCAUUCGGAGAACGCGGCGUGCAGCUGUUGCGAAGCCCCGCUGUGCGGGGAGUGUAAGAACGCGAUGGUGGGCGCCCGCGGCGAGGCGACGCCGCCCCCCGCGGCGCUGGCCAAUGAUACGAUGGCCUUGUACUCGCCGGAAGAACUGUUCGGUAGCAAGGAGCGGUCUUUCGACGUGGAAGUGGGGGGCAGCGAGGUCCGCAUGGCGGCCCGCGGCGCCGCGACUUCGCUCCCGAUGCCGUGGGCGGACGUUAUAGCGCAGUUGGCUGCUGCGGACGAGGCUGCCGCAGAGGGGCACGCGCCGCCACUGCCGCGCACAGGCGCGGAGCUGGCGGGCAUCGCGUCAGCGAUCUUAAAGUCGGGCGGCGACGACGACGCGGCAGCAAGCAUGUCCACGUUCGUGCACCAGGCUGUCGCGCGCAGGAGGGUGGUCGUGGAUCUCAUCGAGGGGGCGAAGGCUCGCGGGCAUCGCGCGUGCCGGAACGUUGAUAUGGAUGAGGGUCGGAAGAGGGCCAUGGAGCUACCAGAGGAAGGCGUGCCACCGGAGAUCAUGCGCCUGGUUCCCCUGGACGACGCGCUUGGCAAUAUCCAAAUGCAGAAGGCGGCGACGCCGGCGACGCCCGUGCCGAGCCCCGACGGACGACGGGAGGCGGCAGAUAUUUUGGAAACCACGAAGGCGAACGCCGUGGUGCGUGAGAAGAGCAGUUUCGACGAGGGAGACAUAAAUGCGCAACGGACUGAGGCCGCGCGGACCUUCGUGCAACGGCUGGAUGAGGAUUGCGCGCGUGGCGGGGCCGACGAGACGUCGAACUCCAGCGACGAGGAGAGAGGCGACGGGGAGACUGAUCAGGGAAGCAAGCGCGCCUGCGUGCUCGAGGGAGCGGCCUCGGGCGCGGAUCAAGCGUCGCGAGAAGCAGUGGGGCGCGACAUGCUGACGCAGGCCGGGCACGAAGGGAAGCGCGUGGAUCGCUUCCGC